AGUCCCCUCUCAUUGGAUCCUUCCUUCGCAUGACUCGUAUGAGAGUCAGCACUGGGAGCAAGUGAUUGGAAGCGGUCAUUGGCAACAUUGUGGAAGUUCAAGUCGGCGCCGUGUUUGAAGUUUCCCCAAGUUUGACGGGAACAAGCGGACUCGUAAGAAGAAAAGUACUCCCACUCCCACUAGAUCUUUCAUUCUUUCACAUUAUUCGUAUCUACGAGGCAAGUGUGCGUACGGAAAUAUUUGAAGUAGUCAUUGACUAUAUCAUAAAAGUCCUCUCUGAGUUCUUCAAAUGUGAGUUGCUCUUUAUGUAUAUGUAUGGCAGUAAAGGAGGCAAGAAGAGGAGAAAACAAACAAACAAACAUGGCCACACUUCCUAUGGAUUUUGUUCUGAGCAAAUUAGCUUCAGUUAUUGAGAGUGAAGCGUCUUUAUUAGGAAGUGUGAACCAUGAACUUCACGAGAUCAAGCGUGAGCUAGAAUUCAUGAGGUCCUUUCUUGUGGAUGCUGAUAAAAAGAGUGUCCACUUUACAGAAGGAGAGAAAGCUUGGGUAUAUAGCGUGAGAGACAUAGCCUAUGACGUUGAGGACAUCAUCGAUGAGAUGACAUACUACUACAACAGAGAGCAAUCUGCCGAUGGUACAUUGGCAAGGUUCCUCCCUAAAAUCUUCCGCCUACCGAUGAACUUGUGGGUGAGGCAUCAUAUUGGCACCAAGUUGCAUAGAGUCAAUGGCAUGAUCAAGGCCAUUUCAGAGAGAAGCCAAAGAUAUGGUGUUCAUCGGAUAGAAGCAACAAAAUCAGAUGGUGAACAAAAUUGGGUGCAUGACUACGGAAAGGCAUCUUUAUUCUUCAACGGUGAGGAGUGUGUGGGUAUUGAAGACCACAGAGAAUCGUUGAUACACUGGUUGAUGGAUGACGAGCCACACCGCACUGUUAUUUCCAUUGUUGGGAUGGGAGGUUCAGGCAAGACGACUCUUGUCACACAAGCUUAUAACAGUCCAGUUGUGAAGCGACACUUUGACUGCUGUGCUUGGGCCUCUGUAUCACAGAAUUAUGUCAUUGAAGAGUUGCUGAAAUGCAUGAUCAAGGAAUUCUUCCAAGCCACCAGGGAAAUAAUUCAUGUGGAUCUUACCACUAUGGAUUACAGGGAACUAGCAGAGUUGCUUGUCAACUUCUUAAAGCCAUUGAGGUAUGUAAUUGUUUUAGAUGAUGUUUGGAAUGUGAAUCUGUGGACGGAAAUUAAUUUCUUACUCCCAGAAGGCAAGCGAAGAAGUCGAAUAUUGCUCACAACUAGGAAUGAGGAUGUUGCCCUCACUCCUUUUGGGGUUAGAAGCCAUAUUCACUUCGUUCAACCUCUAGGAAUGGAUGAUGCAUGGGACCUGUUCUGUGUGAAAGCUUUUUCAAGAAACCCAAGUGGAAGUUGCCCUCCAGAGCUGCAAGCGUUAGCUAAGAAAAUUGUGAAAAAAUGUGAAGGUCUACCACUUGCUAUUGUUGCCUUAGGUGGUGUCAUGGCGUCCAAGAAGACGGAAAUAGAGUGGAGGAAGGUUUAUGAUAGCUUGAACUGGGAACUGAGCAACAACCCUAGGUUACAAGUGGUGAAAAGUGUCUUGCUUCUUAGCUUCAUUGACUUGCCGUUGCAACUUAAGCAAUGCUUCUUGUAUUGUUCUAUUCUCCCUGAAGAUUAUGUCAUCCCCAGAAAGAGGCUUAUUCGACUAUGGAUGGCAGAAGGUUUUGUAGAAGAGAUUAGAGGACUAACACCAGAAGAGGUCGCAGAGAGCUAUCUCAUGGAUCUUGCUCACCGAAGCAUGCUUCAAGUUAUCAAGAACUCAUCUGGUAGGCUAAAAGCAUGUAAAAUGCAUGAUCUCAUAAGGGAACUUGCUAUUUCAAUAUCAGAAAGAGAGAAAUUUUCUCUAAUAUGGAAAGGCGAGGACUUAGGAGGCCACGUUGGAGCACGGCGUUUGUCAGUUCAGUCACUUGAGAGGAAGUUAGAAUCUUGGACAGGGAUAUCUCAGCUUCGUUCUUUCUUUGCAUUCGUCACGGAUCAUCUUUCUUCUCCUACUUUGUACUCACUGCCGUCAGGUUUUAGGCUCUUAAGGGUAUUGGAUUUGGAAUUUGUCCCAAUCAAGAGACUGCCAAAGGAAAUCGGGUCUCUGUUCAAUUUAAGGUAUCUGGACUUGAUGGGAACUCAUAUCGAGAAGCUUCCAAAAUCAAUAGAAAAACUGUACAAUUUACAGACCUUGAACCUUUACCAGACAAAGGUAAGGGUACUUCCUAGUGGCAUAGUUAAACUGCAAAAUUUGAGGUAUUUGAUUGCAAGCUAUUACAACCUUGAACUAGUUGAUGAGUUCAAUUAUGUGAGCUGGACAAGGGUAGCUCCAGGCAUAACAAACCUAAGGAGUUUGCAAGUUCUAAAUUUUGUUGAAGUAAAUUGCACUGCAAUGAAACAUGUCCAUAAUUUGAGGCAGCUCACUUGCCUGGGCAUGAUGAAGGCACAAGAUGUGGAUGAGAUGGAUAUGUGCGCGGCCAUUGAAAAUAUGAAACUCCUCUGCCACCUAACCAUAACGGCUUCGGGAGAAGAAGAAGUCCUCCGAACAGAUGCACUAUCAUCGCCUCCUCCUCGUCUCCAGAGGCUGAAUUUGGUUGGAAAACUUGACAAGUUUCCAAACUGGAUUUCUUCGCUCCAGAGCUUGACAGCUUUGUACUUGAGUUGGUCUAGACUGGUUGAAGAUCCACUUCCUUACAUCCAAUUGUUGCCCAAGCUUCGGAGACUAACUCUUGUUAAUGCUUAUAUUGGUAAACAUUUAUGCUUUGCUGCAGGGUUCCUUACUCUGAAGAGUUUAAUCUUGCGCAAUCUCCCUCAUCUAGAACAGAUUAUAAUCGAGAAAGGAGCAAUGCCGAGCGCCCAAAAUCUAUGGCUUUGUCAAUGCACCCGGUUGAAGAUGUUGCCUCAAGGUGUUGAAUAUCUUACCAAUCUCGAUCAAGUAUAUCUGUCAAAUGUUUCACAAGAACUCGUAGACAGCAUAGGUAGACAGAACAGCACUAGUAAUUUGAAGACAAAGAUCCACCACUACUAUCAGACAUCAUCUGGGUGGUUAUACGAAAGCUUGUCCUGAUUUUCACCACUACUAUUACCAGGCCUCUUUUUUUUUUUUUUUUUGGGGGGGUCUGAUAAGCCUAGCUACUAGUAAAAAACCAGACCUAUUUAUGUCUUUUACUUGGUAAAUCUCAUGCAAGAGCAGCUAUCAUCCUCACCAGAAUUAACUGUGCAUUUUUUGAUGAACUCCACUUUCCACAUUGAAUGGGGAUCUCAGUCCUCUCCUUAGUUGAA